AUGAUGGAAAGUGAUAUUCAUAAUUCUAUGGAAAACGAUCAAAAAGCUAAUAAAGAAAUUUGUGAAGAUGAAGAAGAACAGGGUAAGGAUAUCAACUAUAACAAUGAUAGUAUGGAGAACAAAGAAGAUACUAAAAGUAGAAAAUCAAAAAAUAGCCUUAUAAUAAAUAAAGACGAAAUUAAUGAAAUAAGUGACAAGUAUAUAAAAUAUUUAGAAUGCAUAAAAAAUAAUUGGUCUUCAUCCCAAGCAUCAAAAUUAUUAAAUGAAAAAUUAAUAAAAUAUAUAUCUGAACGCUUUUUAUAUAUGUCUAGUUCUCUAAAGGUUAGAGUAUUAACAAGCUUUUUUUACUUAACUGAUAAAUUGCGAAUUGAAACAAAAGAAUAUCUAUUAUUAAUUACAGCAAAUGGCGAAAUUGAUGGUAAUGGAUGGGUUAAAAAAUUUAGUCGAAUUUUAAAGCAAUUCGUUAAAACCGGAAUUAUUGAUAUUAAGGACAUAGAUAGCCAAACAAUGCACAGAAUUUUAAAUUAUAUUGACCAAGAAAAUAGUAAUAAAAAGGGGAAAAAAUGCUAUAACCACAAUAAAAAGGAAAUCGAAUAUAUACAUAUGUGUGAUCCGAUAAAUGAAUUAAAAAAUUUAGGAAAUAAAAAUAUUAUACAUUUGGACGAAUAUAAAAUGUUUACACCCUCAAAAAAUUUUGAUUGCCUUCUUUUGUCGGUAAUUAAAAAAGGGAUUAAUGAAUUUAAAAACUAA